AUACCAUCUUAGCAACCCGUUGGCAACCGUUGUUUGAAUCGCAGGAGCGUUUGCGAACAUGGCGUUUGCUGGGAACAUUCAGACUUUUCGAAAAAACUGUCCCUCGCAGUGUUUUCCGUUCAAAAUCGGUACAAAACAAAGAUCCGAGUUUGGGGAGCAUGAUUUCUGUACCGAGUAUGACAACAAUUUUAUGCCGUUUAACAACUCUUCAAAACCAGUCCUGCGCCGUGAUCAGAUGCGAGAAGUUUACAAGGAAAAAAUAACCUUAACUUUAACGAAGAAUGCAAAUGAACAGUUGGAAACUCUACAUCGGCAGGAAGAGGAACGAAAACAGCUGAGAAAACGUAUGAAUUAUUACAUGGCAAAGGAUAACGAGCGCGAUCCUCAAUAUAGUCUACAACGUACGGAUGAUGUGGUCACAUUUUGGAGCUAUCGCAUCCGGCGGAACGCCAACCAUCGCCGAAAUAAUGAUUUUACCAAGCCACAUGACGAGAAACUGGACGUUCAGUUUGAAUAA